UCGUAGCUAGUAUUAUUAUGAAUGUUAUGUGAUUUCAUUUUGAUUUUCAUAUACUUUUAUUGCGAUUGGUUUAUUGAUGGCGGGAACGAAAAUAUGUAUAAAUAAAUUAUCACCGCCUUUAGUUUCCGAGAUAUUUAGAAACUAUAAGGCUAUGUGGAUCAUAAACAAUCAUAUAAAAUUAUUCUCCACCCAUAAUGUGAACGAAAUUUUUCUGCGUGAUAUUGAAAAGAACAUUUUACUAAGGAAGCAUACAAAUAAUGUACCAGUUAUUAAAACUCUGCUUCAAAAACUGCGAAAAUGUCCCAAUGAUGAAGAGAUACAACGUCAGAUUGAGAUUGAGCUUGGAAAACUUCCCAAUAGUACACAUUCUCGAGUGGUUAAUUAUGGAGAAAAAGGGCAUGAAGUAUAUAACAAUAACUUAGCGCCCGGCAUAGGCGAACAAUUUUCUGACGUAUGUAAGUAUUUGAAUGUAUUAAGAAUGGAGCAUUUAGGGCAUUUCGCCGGCCAUAAAAGCUACUAUUUGAUGGGAGAUCUAGCGAGUUUAGAACAGUCUUUAGUACGGUACACAAUGUCAUAUCUAAGGAAGAAUGAAUUCAAGCUUAUAUCAGUCCCCGAUAUCUUACCAAGUAAUAUUAUAAAUGGGUGCGGCAUGCAAACAGAAGGGAACCGAAAUCAAGUUUAUAAAAUUGACUCUGAAGAAUGUUUGUCUGGUACAUCCGAAAUGGCACUAGCAGGUUUUUUUACUGAUCAAGUUAUUGAAGAACAAUGCUUACCACUAAAAAUUGCUGCUGUAAGUAGAUGUUACCGUGCAGAAACAUCAGGAUUGAAUGAAGAAAAAGGAAUUUACAGGGUACAUCAAUUCACUAAAGUUGAAAUGUUUGCAGUAUGUUCGGAAAAGCAGUCAGAAAUGGUAUUGGAAAGUUUUAAGGAUACGGAAAUGUGUUUAUAUACACAGUUAAAUUUAAAAUUCCGAGUACUUGAUAUGCCACCAAACGAAUUGGGAGCUUCAGCAUUCCAAAAAUACGAUAUUGAGGCGUGGUUGCCCGGUCGACAAAUGUGGGGAGAAAUAUCAAGCUGCAGUAACUGUACAGACUAUCAAGCGAAACGUCUUAAUAUAAAGUAUAAGACGAAAGACGGAAUACUGAAAUAUACUCACACUGUAAAUGGAACAGCGGCUGCGAUACCAAGACUGCUUAUUGCUCUGAUUGAGUCAAAUAAGAUUGAAAAUGGGACGGUAUAUCUACCUGAAGAGCUUCGAAAUAUUUUGAAUAAUUCAUUAUUGGCUCGUAACAAAGUAGUUCCAUCCUUAAAACUUAUUAAGCAUUUUUAAAGUAGACGUUCUUAUAAUCAAUUGUGUUAGAAAUAAUAUGAAUUCACAAAUAUGGUAUGCAAACUACUAUUGUAUCAUUUUUAUAUAAAAAGUAAAAAUGCCUUAAA